UUUCCCUCAUUAUUAUCGCAAUGUAUAGACGCACUUAGAUAAUCCUGAUAUUAAAUGGAUACAAAAGCAUUACACCCUAUUUAUCAAAAACAAUUCGCUAAACUACAUGAAAAAAUUCAAAACAAAUAUGAUGAAAUGCAAAAGAAACUUGAGAAAUCCAGAUCAAUCGAUGCCCUAACAACCUUAAACGGUGAUUAUGAUUACAAACAGAAAAAAUAUGACAGUGUGUGUGAUUUAAGUAAGGUGGUUAAGGAUUUAUAUACUAGUGAAAUUGGAACAAAAGGUAAUCUUCAAGCUAUUGCAUUUCAAGAUAAUCACAAAGAAGUUACAUUCCAAGAAAUUAUUUUUAAGGAAUCGUUUGUUACUGAGACUGACUCAUUACUAAGUAUUAGUGAUAAAUUCGAUAGCGAGAAUGAAGUUGACAGUCCAAUUAACAAUAAUCAUAGCAAUCAUUUCUUCGGAAGUAAUGAUUUUAAAACCAGUCUUGAAUCCUUGAACGAUACCAAAGAGAGUGACGGCUCAUCAGAGCCUAUCACACCAAUAAAUAAAUCAUUAAGGAGUAAAAUAAAGUCUAAAUUAAAAAAAAGACAAAAAGAAAAGGAACUCAAAGAAAAAGAAAAACAAAACAAAAAAGAAUCCCGUGAUAAAGUUGAAAAAUAUAUUUUAUCUAAUACCACCAAAUACAAUAUUGUCAAAACAAGCAAAAAAAACAAGGUUGCAACAGUUACUAUGGCUUUAAUUGAAGUCACAGGAUUAGAUGAGAACGUCGAUGAAAAAACGCGUGUCUUGUUAUUUAGAUUUAGGUUAGGUGCCGAAAAGCGCAAGUCGAAGAUCGUUAAGUCGGAUUCUACACCAGUUAAAUUUCAAGAAUUAUUUAAUUUUAACUUACUUGACGAUGAAUAUUUAUUAGAAAUAACGUUAUGGGAUAAAGAAUUACUCAUCGGCAGAAGUUUAUUGGACUUGUCCCAAUUUGAAAAAGAAAAAACACAUAAAAUGCAAAUACACUUAGAAGGAGAAAUUAAAGAAAUUGAAGUAUUGAUUGUCCUAACUAUAAGUGGAACAACCAUGUUAAAUACUGUUUUUAAUGACAGCGAAUAUGAAAAAAAGAAAAGGGAAUAUUUGCUACAGCACAAAUAUACUUGGUACCGACUGUGUGAUGACUUUUCAAAUGUAGGCUUUCUUCAAGUUAUAGUUUAUGGAGCAAAGGGUCUAUCCGGACAAGAUUGUUUCUGUAUUCUUAAGCUCGACCACCAGAGGGUGCAGACGCAAACAGAUUACAAAACUAACGAUCCCAGUUGGAUGAAGAUAUUCUCAUUUACAGUUACAGACAUUACCUCUAUUUUGGAAGUGAUAAUUGUUGAUGAAAAAAAAUGUGAAGAAGUGGGAAGAAUUUCUAAACCACUACUAAAAAUACAACCCGGUAAAAAAUGGUAUGCUCUAAAAGACAGCCUUCUUAAAGAAAGAGCGAGAGGUCAAAAUCCAAGGAUUUUGAUAGAGUUUAAUGUGGCUUGGAAUCUUUUUAAAGGUGCGAUUCGAGUACUUAAUCCUAAAGAACCGAAUUAUUUAGAAACUGAUGAAAAAUUAGACAGACAUAUUUUUGCAAAGAACCUAACAAGAGCCAAAGCUGUUACAACAUGGAUUAUAAACACUUUCAAAAUUUAUAAAACCUGCUUUGAAUGGGAAUCAAUGAAAUUGAAUGUAGUGUCCCUGAUCAUAUGGCUCGCGUUCUGUUUCUACGCAGAAAUGUGGAUGAUGCCCCUGUUAUUACUGAUACCAUUUUUUUGGUACAAACCAGAGGAAUACACUAUAUUGGAUUGGAAAACAAAACUCAUGCAUGAAAUCGGCUCAGACAGUAGUGCAGAUUCUAAAACUGAAAAGGAAGAAAAAAACCCAUCUUUACUACAAAAAAUAAAUAGCCUUCAGGAAAUAAUUCAAUCAAUCCAAAACAUAAUUGGAAAAGUUGCAAGUACAGGUGAAAGUAUCAAAAAUUUGUUCAACUUUACAGUUCCCUUCGUCAGUUGUUUGGCUAUAUUUUUAAUCAUAGUUAUUGCUUUUGUCAUGUACUUGAUACCAUUUAACUACAUUUGCAUGAUGUGGGCUGUCAAUAAAUUUGUAAAAAAAAUAUUUCGUCCAAACAGAAUACGUAACAAUGAAAUGAUGGAUUUGCUCUCGAGAGUCCCCGAUGACGAGACUUUGAUCGAAUGCGAAGAUUUACCUCUUGGUCAUAUAUCGGACGAUAAUGAAAAUUAAUGGAAAAUGAUCUGAAUUGUUAAGAAUCUUUUACGUAUGAAAUAUGUAAUAUGUGUUGAAUAAAAAUUAAUUAUUGUUCA